AUGGGGCUGGCGCUUCAACUCACACAAAUAUUCCAGCAAUGGUGGUGGGCUAUUUUGUGUCUGCUAUUCUUUACAAGGCUUCUAUAUACCUAUUACAGGCUUUCGUUUGUCCCUGGCCCAGUAUUGGCCGGUGUGACUGACGUGUGGAGAUACUUUCACGGCAAGGCUGGUAAAUGCAUUCAUGACUACCAAUUGCACAGAAAAUACAACUCCAAGCUGGUACGUGUUGGGCCGAACCAGAUCUCGGUGUCAGAUGCGACAGAAGUGCCCAAAAUUUACGGCUUGAACCCGAUUUUCAACAAGGGGGAGGCUUAUGUGACCCACAGCUUCAAGAGCAUUCGGGGAGAGGUGAUGCCCAAUCUCUCUUCCACGCGCGACGAGAAACUCCAUGCGCGUUUGAGGAGGCCGGUCAAUCACGCCUAUUCCAUGAGCACGGUCAUUGACUACGAACAUCUGAUGGACUCCACAACCAAUGUGUUCUUCUCGGAGCUGACGGAACGUUUCGCACGUCCUGGCAGGGUUUGCGAUUUCGCGACCUGGCUCCAGAUGUAUGCCUUCGACGUUCUCGGUGAGAUCACCUUCAGCAAGCGGUUCGGCUUCCUGGAGGCCGGGCGUGAUCUGGAAAACAUGCUCUACCAUACUGCUCAACAUAUGGAAUACCUCGGCACGAUGGGACAAUUGCCAUCGCUCGACAAAUGGUUCCGACUCAACAACCCACUUGCGCGGCUGCUGGUGAAGGCCAAUGCCAUCGUCAAGUUCACCACCCAGCACAUUUAUGAGCACAAAGGCCAUCUCGAGGCACAAGGGAAACCGGAUUUUGUGACCCGCUUUCGAAUGGCUCAGGAGAAAUACCCCGACGUCAUGACCGACUCCCAAUUGAUCGACUUUGCCGUCACAAACGUCAGUGCCGGCUCCGACACGACGGCCAUAAUCCUCCGCGCCGUCUUCUUUUAUCUCUUGACAGAUCACCACAGGCUUGAGAGGGUCAUGGGCGAAAUCAGAGAGACACUGGCGCUGCGAGCCAGGGACAGCAGCUUUGGCGACCACUUCUCGUGGGCCGAGGCGCGGCAGAUGCCGUUCCUCCAAGCCUGUAUCAAAGAAUCUCUGCGCAUGCAUCCCGCGCUCGGAAUGAUCUUGCCUCGUGUGGUUCCUGUUCAAGGCACCACUAUCUGCGGCGUUUUCAUUCCCGGCGGCACCGAAGUGGGAUGCAAUGCGUGGACGGUCCACCGGGACAAAGAUGUAUAUGGUGAGGACGCCGACCUUUGGGUGCCAGAAAGAUGGUUGGACGAAGAUGAAGAAAAGGUGAAGAUGCUGGAGAGAUACAAUUUCGCCUUUGGUGCAGGGUCGCGGACUUGUAUCGGACGUCAUGUUGCCAUGCUUGAGAUAUCAAAGCUGGUGCCCGAGGUGUUUCGACACUUUGAGGUGGAAUUGAUAGACCCCAAUCGGUAUAAAGCGAAAGCGGGCUGGUUGGUGGUUCAAUCAGGAUUGGACGUCAGCCUGAAGGUGAGGGAUCCAAGAACGCUAGAUAUUCCUCAGCAGACAGUUGGAUGA